CACAAAUUAAGAAAAAUUAUGGAAAAAAUCUUGAGAACGCUCGAUUGUUGUGUUCUCAAAAAAACCCUUUUUCUGCCUCCUAAUUAUUCAUCGAUUCAAGGGAGUCCAUCAAAAUGAAAAUUUAAGAGUUCCCAUCAUUACUGGACAUAUGCAACCAUAGCCUUAUUGCACUACAGGACAGGAUUUAUUGUGGCAAGCAUCAAAUCGAGUGCACCACCUGCAUUGAAGAUGGACAUAAAUCUCCCGUCAAAUUCUCCACUAGGUUCAGUGCCAUCUGGAGACACGACACCCGGCUCGGCUUCAUCUGACUCGGGGAUAUCUGGCGUGUUCGCUGCCGUACUGGCAGAUCCAAAUGAGGCUGCUCCAAAGAAGUCUGCUUCACCAGAUCCUAACGACCUUGCUGAGACUGGUCCAACUUCCUCAGCCCCAGCUACUGACACUGUUCAAAAGGUACUAAUUGGAGAGACCAUAUUCCAUGUCGCUUUACGGGAAGACGGAAGGUGUCGCUUAGUAAGCCUUGACGAACUUCAGUCCAAACUGCUUGCAAAAGCCAAAAUGAAACUAAUAUAUGAUUUCUGCAUGGCAGAUCAUAUAAAAAAAGAACUGUUUACGCAGCUUGAAGUGACUCUACUUCGUGACAAUGGUGUUUUCAAAACAGCAGGUCGUUUAAAAAGGUAUGCUGUACGCGUAGAGAGUGUUCACAGGAUCAUUAAUAUGGUAUCGAGACGAAUUGGGAUUGAUAUCGAUGACAGUGGUUACACUGAAUGGAAACAAUAUUCCUUCACCAUGAUACCUCCAAAUAAGCCAACAUUCACAUCUGUGUCGAGUAUAGCUACUGAGACAUUGCCCUGUGAAACCGAACAAUCCUCUCAUAUUGUCACAACGGCGGAGUCUGUUUCCAAAGAUGUAUCUUUGGUUUCUCUUCCUGUUACUUCACAGAGUGGCAAAAGAAACGUGUCAGAACCUUUAAGUGAAGAAACUUGUUGUCUUGGGCUGUCCUCCAGACAGGCAGCAGAUGUAGACUCUGAUCAUGUUGUCCACCCAAAUUUGACAAUUGAACUGAACAAAACUAUGGAUAGGACCAAACCCAAUGGGUUUCUGCUUGAGUCUACUGCUCUCAUUGAGAGCCAAAGUGUUGGGAUAUCUUCCAUGCUAGAUCAGAAGGAUCAUAUAGCUGAAUCUGAGGCAGCAAGAUGUCAUCUAGACAUAGACUCUCAAUCUGUGAUACCAACUGAACCAAAUACUGAAAUAGUAUCCCCUACCAUUGAUGGAAAACCGAGUGAUUCAUCAUCACGUGAACCGCUUGACAAUGUCAUUGAGAACGAUGUUAAAAUGACACUGCCAUGUCCAAAUGAUCUCAUUCUUAAAGAUUCUGAACCUGUGGUGGAGACUGAUGAAAGUAUGGAGAUGAAAACUGAAACAGUACUAGCUUCAAAUGAUGUCACAAUGGUUUCUAAGGACACUUUUUCCUAUGUCAAGACCGAUUCAGGUGACAAGAAUACAAUAUGUCCUAUUACUGAUAGUGUCGAAGUAACUUUAGGUAAAACAUGCGAUGAAGUUGAAUCGAAAUCUGGUGAAAUUGAUACUGAUAUGUUGCCUAAGUCUAAUAAAUGGUUCUCUGACUCUGAGGUAAAAACUUUUGAGGAAACGAGCUCAAGAGCUGUGCCCAAUUCUACUGCCGUGAAAACAAUGGACUUAUGUGCUCAUACUGAAACAAAUACUCCAGUCAUACCAAGUACAAGUAAUAAUACGCCGCCAGUUGAACUCUCCGUUUCCAUGGAGUCUGAGCCAGUGUCACCACCAUCUUGCCAGUCUGUUAGUGCACGAGCAUUCAAAUGGCGAGGGAAGAAACUACAUGCGUUCAAUCGGGAAGCUGGCGAACUGAUCAGUGUUGCUGAAUUCUGUCAAAACCUGAAUGAGCUCAUCGCGAAUCAAAACACUUCUAUCGCAUAUGAUUUGAUGGUGAAAAUACUUGAUAAAAAGUUCCUUCUUUCUGAGUUGGAUCUGACUUUUGACGAGAUUGUUUUCUUAGAGAACAAUGAUUCCCACCCUGCAGACUUAUUGCGCCGCCGUGCUAUGAUUCCUCUAACAGGACUCGACUAUGCCUUUGCACUCACAGCCAGGAAAGCUACGUCCAUGCAGACUUCGGAAACAGAUAGAAACAAGAAAGCAAAGAAGAAGAAGAAGAAGAAGCGGAAAGUUUCAUCAAGUUCUGACACUUCAGACAGUUCUUUGUCUCCCUCACCAAGCUCGCAACUCUCUACAGGUGAAAUAAUCAAGGAACCUGCCCAAGCUUCUAGUUCUAGUGAUCAUCCUGCCGUUAUGACUACAAGUAGUCAUGCUCCCUGUCCGACUGCACACAACCCUGGUACAAGUCCUGCUACAUGUAGUGGCCCAAAUGUCCCACCUGAGAGCGGCUGUAGCGACUUGGUUGUGCCAACUCCUGACUCUAUUCAAGCUCUUUCUGGUGACAAUUCAGUUUCAAUGCAUGAUGUCAGUGUAAGUGAAGAAAAGGAGUCUGGUCUGAUUUCUAGUCAACUGGUUGACAUGCCCAAUGUACUCAGGACUGAAAGCUCAAAGAUGUUAUCUUCACAGGCAGCAGCAGCUGGUGUUGACAGCUCAACAGCCACACCAAGCUUUCUUGUUGGUCAGUCACAGUUUGGGGCAGAGGAAAGUGCUAGUAAUCUUGUACAGGGAACACUCCAGGUAUGCUGUGGUGAACUUGAAGCCAACAUGUCCCUGAACCGCGGUUGUGUGGCCACUGUAAGUGCUAGUAGGACUCCUGUCACAGAGAUAAAAAACAGUGACAUUGCAUGUGAACCAUCUGGUCGUGUUGAUUCCAUGGUUGAAAGCGAUGCAGUUCCAAACACCAACCUUCCUUGCCAACAAGCUACCAGCUUCAUUCCAGGUGGAUACUCAAUGAGUUGUGCCGACACUCCUUUACAAAUAAGUGGUGCUAUGACUGCCAGUACAGAUAAUUACGCCCAAAAUAUUUUCCAGUGGAAUAAUCCGAACUUGAGUCAAGAGAUGCAGCCUGUGGUGAAUUUCCCAGGAAAUUGCCAGAUUCAGGAACCAGUUCUGAAUUACGCGCAGCCUUCUGCUGCCAUGAGUUAUUCGUGUGUGCCAUCUGCAUCAAGUGUGACCAUCAACUCUCCAGAACCUAGUGUAAGCGAUGACUCAUGUACUUGUGCUAGAACACGCCCGCUUGAGUAUCGGUACAAAGACCGCUGGGGCUUUCGGAAAAAACAGUGGGAAAAACUCAAAGUGCAAUUCAAACGUUGUCCUAAGAAAAUCCGACCUGGUACAGGUUUCGUCCUCCCCAAGACGACACGUUUUUUCAUCUUGAAGAGUUGUGAUGGAACAUUCACGGUGAAGGUGAAAAAAAUUCGAAAACGGAGAUCACUAAAAAAGACAUGUCAAAUGGAGGUUCCUGCUGAAGAACCUGUUGUGGAGUUAGAUCCCCCAAUGGAAACUGGGGAAGGACUCGAAUUCGGUAUGCCACAGUUGAUGAUUACUGACGUUCACAGCUUGCAGCCUGACAAUGUACCACCUGUCCCAGUAUAUCCUCAGUCUUAUCAGCCUCAAAUGGCAGUCUCCUAUGAAGGUCUGCAGGCAGCAUCUCUAGACCAACAGCCUCAGAUGCUAUAUAAUCCAGGUGUCUCUGCUGAUGGCAUGCCUUUCAUGGUAUAUUCUGAACAACCCAUGUUUAUUAUGUGUAACCCCAACGUUGCCCCUCCGAGUGAAAAUGUCGAUACAGUUUAUGACAACACGGUGGAAGGUGUCCCUGAGGUUGAGAAACCAAAGAGGAAGCGAGGACGACCACCUAAGAUUAAAAUCAAGCAAGAAAAAUUGUAAACAACUCUGUGAUAGACAUCUCUGCAUUUGAUGACUGCAUGCUGGUUGUUGCACUGGAAUCUACGAUAUUUUCUAUUUUAUUUAAUGGCGAACCACUUAGUGGAGCCCUUUAGUGACAAUUUGUCAAAUUGUCCAGGAGUUGGACUUGUACGAUAAUCCGAUCAAAUUCAAAUGAUGAGAUGAUGUUUAGCUGGCAAAAUGUGCCCAUUUCUUUUAAACUUACUUCUGUAGUCUUUUCUAGAUGUUUUGAAGAUGUGUUUGUUUGUCAUGAAUUGUUGCUAAUUAUGAAAGGCAUGAACCCUCUAUGGAAAGUAAUUAUGAAUAUUUGUUUGGAGUCGAGGCAUGCUGUGGUUGGCAGAUUGUUUAGUGCUGAUUAUCUUACUUUGGAGGGGGUUGCUGGAACAGAACAGUGUUGAAAAAUGGGUCCUUGUUUGGUAAAGUGACUUUGUGCUUGUAGAUACAAAUCAGUUAGAUUUUGUGGGGUAUGAAAUAACUUUAGAACGCUUGUUUAUGAAUUUCCUUUUGCAGCCGAAACUGAUAUGGUUAUAUAUUGAAUGUUUUCUUAAAUUUCAAAUUGAUCAUUUGGUGUAGAUUGCAGUGGCAAGGUUGGUGCAUGGAUGCAUUCUCACUGACUCUAUUCAUGUUUUAAUAAU